AUGUCCUCCAAAGCUCAAAGUGCUGAAAAAUCGAGAGCCAUCAAACGACCCUUUCAAGUCGUUCGGACUACCACUUCAUGCAACGAUGAAAGUUUGAUCUUUCUCGAUGAUGCAACAUUGAAACAAUAUAAAUUAAUUGUCGAUCAAUACACGAUGGUUUCAUUGGAUUAUAAUUGUAAAUUUUCACAGAAUGCUCUUUCCACAGUAUCAUCCUUCUCAUCAUCAUCCUCCUCACCAUCAUGUAACACUACAUCGAUUCAAGAGGACUCACAACAACAAGGAAAUUCAGAAUCUUCAUCAAAAAUUAAAAUUAAAUUAUAUGCAAAAAUUAAAUUGGAUAAAUCCAUAACUACAAAACAAGCCUUCAUUUCUCCUCAUUUAUAUGAACAAAUUAGAAAUAGAAUUUUAAAAGAAUUUCCUAAUGAAAAUAUUAACAUUCCCAGUGAUACUCAAUUAUUAAUUUAUAUCUCAAAUCAAGUACAUGAAGAUGAAAUUCCAAAAUGCAACAAGUUGAAGGCAAUUUUACAAAACUCUCCGAAUAAUUCUCAAAUUGAGAAACAAAUUUUACAAAAUACAAAGUUGUUGAGAGAAUUAUUGAACAUCAAAUCAAAACGUUACAAUACGUGCUUUCAAUCGCACUGUAUCUAUAGAAUUGAGGUUUUAGAAAUGAUUCUCUAUUUUCAAGUCAUUGGAUAUUCAAAAGAUGACCAAGAGCUCUCGUUAUUUAACAUGACAGAAACAUGCACUUUAAUCAUUGACAAAGUUCAUAUCAAUUUUGAACAGAAAUUAGAAAUUCUCAACACUCCUCCAAACAUUAAUCACCACCACCACUCAAUGACACCACCAACUCUUUUCCGUACCAUUGUGAAAUCCAUCACUUCACAAGUUCCAAUUUAUCACAAAAUUAUUUCACAAUUAAUUUAUCUCAUUCUCAAUGAAAAUUCACACAUUCUCAUUCACGGAGAAGAAGGUGUUGGAAAAACCUAUCUUGUGCAUCAUACACUCUCCCAACUCGAGUCCAUCAUGUCAUCCAAUCAUGUUGGAAUUUAUAUUGAAAAGAAUGAAAUAUCUGCAAGUGAAUUAUUUCAUGGAGGUGUUGGUGAAAGUGAAAAUGCAUUCAAACAAUUAUUACUUUCAAAACCAAUCAUUGAUAAAAAGUAUCAAUCGGUGAUUAAGGUGAUUGUAAUUGAUGAUAUAGACAAUAUUCUCACAAGCAAUAGCAGAUAUGAAAGUGGAAGAGUGGAUCGAAGUAUGAUUUCUGAACUUGUUCACUUUUUUGAUAUUCAAUCAUUGAAUCCUUCUCAUCAUGAUUGUAAAACCAUUCUUAUUGGACUUACAAGUCACUUGGAUCGAGUGGAUGGUUCCUUGAUUCGAUCGAAUCGAUUUUCACGACUUUUCGAGUUGAAAGUACCUUCUCCUCAACAGCGUAUGAAAAUAUUGAAUGAAUUUAUCCUUUCAAACAAGUCGGACAUGAAAUCGAUUCGUCACAAUGAUACAAACUUGCAUAUGCGUGCCUGUCAAUUAGAAACUCAAGGAUUUGUGUGGUCUGAUUUUGUCAAAUUACAAAGUUUGAUUGAAUUAGACAAGAUGGAAUUUCAUUCUUCACGUUCUUCUUCAACCUUACUCGAUUGGCAUUCACUCAAACAUUUCAUUAGGAAAUGUAAACCAAAAUCAUCAUGGACACUUCAAGACUCAUCGACAACCUCUUCGAAUUCUUUUGAAGAAAUUCAGAUGGACCCAUCAACAACAACACCACCAAUCACAACAACAUUGAAUUCACAACCAACUAAUAUUCAACAACAAGAUUUCUUUUCAAUGAAUUUAGCAGGAAUGGACUCGAUCAUUGCUCAAGUGAAAUUAUCUGUCAUUUAUCCAUUUUUAUAUUAUGAAAAGUAUGUGAAAUUAGGAAUUCAAGCUCCAAAAGGAUUGCUCAUUUAUGGACCUCAUGGAACUGGUAAAACACUUCUAGCCACAUGCAUAGCAAGAGAAUGUAAAGCCAAUUUCAUUAGUGUUCAAUGUCCAGAUAUUCUCAGUAAGGUUGUUGGUGAAAGUAGUAAGGCCAUUAAGCAAUUAUUUGUCAUGGCAAGAAAAUGUGCUCCUUGUAUUCUCUUUUUUGAUCAAUUUGAUGCCAUUGCGACCAGUCGAAAUGCAGAGCACAGUGCAUUCUCGUCGAGUAGUAGUAGUAGUAGUGAUAAAAUGUUGAGUACUUUAUUGAUUGAAAUGGAUGGAGUGCAUCAACAUAAGAAUCCAUUGAGAAGAGAGGAUCAUCCUCAUGAUGAUAAUGAGGAAGAGACGAUGAGGAGGAGAAGGAAGAAGAUGGAUCUUGUUCAAUUGAACAUGGAGAACAUGAAGAAUGAGGAUGAAGAAGAAAAGGAAACGGAGGAAGAAGAAGAAUUGGAGAGUGAGGAGUACUACUCUUUAAACAAUUCCAUGAUGAUUCAAAACGAUCAAGUCUUUAUUCUGGCAGCCACCAAUCGAUUGGACUUGUUAGAUAGUGCCAUCUUGAGACCAGGUCGAAUCGAUCAACAUAUUCAUCUUCCACUUCCCAAUCAAGAUGCAAGAAUGGAAAUUCUAAAACUCAAAACUCGAGGAAUGCCCAUUCAAGAUCAUGAGGAAUGCAUUCGAGAAAUGGCUCAUCGAACUCACAACUUCUCAGGUGCUGAUUUGGAUAAUUUGUGUCGAGAGGCUGCCAUGCUGUGUCUACGAGAGAAUAUGAACAAUGAGAAGAUUUCGAGAAGACAUUUUGAAAUGGCUCUACAGACCAUGAGAAAGUAA